UCUGGAAUAUGAUUAGAUGCUUUUAAUAUUCAGAACGGAAGAGGAAAGCGGCCAGAAAGAGAGAGCGCAGAUUCGCGCCUCUCAUGAAUAUUCAUAGCGACGUGCUGAAUAUUCAUGAGAGGAUCAAUAGCAGGCAAUGGGAAACGGGCCCUCCAGGUGUUUUGGAUUCCUACUCCCACCAUUCCUAACAGCCUCAGCCCCCUUCCUUUUCUCCCUCAGCGGCUUAAGCUGGUCAAUAGUGACACAAAAGGACUGGAUACUUAUUAAAGGAUUCUGAGGGAAAACCCUCUUUUUAAAAGAGGGAAUUUCGCGGAUGGAUGGAAGAUUAAGAAUCUUGUUAAUAUUCAUAAUGGAGAGCAGAAUUAUUAUUAAAUACAAUUAUAUCCUACUUUUGGGUUGCUGUGAGUUUUCCAGGCUGUAUGGCCAUGUACCAGAAGCAUUCUCUCCUGACGUUUCGUCCCCAUCUAUGCAGAUAUUCUCAGAGAUUGUGCUGUAUAUUGGAAACUUAGGCCAGUGAGGUUUAUAUAUCUGUGGAAGGUCCAGGGUGGGUGAAAGAACUCUUGCCUGUUUGAGGUAAUUGUGAAUGUUGCAGUUAAUUAACUUGAUUAGCAUUUAAAAGCCUUGCAGCUUCAAAGCCUGGUUGCUGCCUGCCUGGCGAAAUCCUUUGUUGGGAGGUAUUAGCUGGCCCUGAUUGUUUCUUGUCUUGAAUCCGCCUGUUUUCAGAAUGUUGUUCUUUAUUUACUGUCCUGAUUUUAGAGUUUUUUAAAAAUACUGGUAACCAGAUUUUGUUCAUUUUCAUGGUUUCCUCCUUUCUGUUAAAAUUGUCCACAUGCUUGUGGAUUUCAGUGGCUUCUCUGUGUCGUCUGACAUAGUUGUUAGAAUGGUCCAGCAUUUCUGUGUUUUCAAAUAAUAUGCCGUGUCCAGGUUGGUUCAUUUAGUGCUUUGAUAUGGGUGACUUCUCUGGUUGAAUUAGUCUUCAGUGCCUUUCAUGUUCUUUGAUUCGUGUUUGGGUGAUGCAGCAUUUGCUGGUCCCUAUGUAGACUUGUCCACAGCUACGUGGUAUACGGUAGACUUCUACAGAGGUGAGGUGAUCCCUCUUGUCCUUUGCUGAAUGUAGCAUUUGUUGGGUUUUCUUAGUGGGUCUGUAGUUUGUAGGUUGUGUUUCUUCAUCAGCUUCCCUAUGCGGUCUGUGGUUCUCUUGAUGUAUGGUAAGAACACUUUUCCUCUGGGUGGAUCUUUGUCUUUAUGCUCAUGAUUUGUUCUUGGCCUUGCAGCUCUUUUGAUGUCUGUGGUGGAUGUCAUUGGCCUGUAGAGUCCAGCUUGGGUGAUUCAGUUCACCUUGGAGGAGGCAGGGUUCACAGAUUGUUUUUGCAGUCUGCCAGGGCUUUAAUUAUGCUUCUUUUUUUUUAACUUAACUUUUCCCCAACCUAAAAAACGAUACAAUUACAAGACAUACAAACCGUAAAUAUGGCAAUCGAAUUAGAUUAGUUAGGCUUAGAGUCUGCGAGGAAGAACUAGCAGAGGGAAAUACAUUUGCUGUGUUGAAAAUGAAUACUAAACUUCAAUAACAGCUGAAAUAUUCCCUGUUAUUAAAGAUCAUAGAAGAUUGAGGCACAUGUUGACACGUUUAAUAUCUAUGUAUUUAAAGCGUUAACCAAAAAGUCUCGGAGCCUUGUUUUUUGGCCAGAGUAUGGUUGAGGGUGCUUUAACAUCUUAGUAGAGUGUCCACACACGAAGAAAGUGUGUUAAUAAGUAAAUCAGAAUUUUGUUUGUUUAAUUUAUCAGACAAUUAUUAUUUGGGACAGGUUGAUGUGUUCACAGCAGGAAAAGGUAGAAUUGUGGCCAGUGAUUGUUUGAAAUCAUUUCUGUAUUCCUCCAGGUUUUUUCUUUCGACAUCCAUGGGUCCUCCGUGGGCUGAAGCCUUGUUCCUCCUUUACUAAGGAAUGGCAACGCCAUCGUUGAACCCUCCACCAGACCUCCCUUUUGCUGCCACCUUGUUCCUGCCCCUCCCUGCCAUCAUUUUCUUGGUUGUUGGCUCCUACCUACUACUCCUUGUCCUGGUUCUGGUCCUUCGUCAGUGUCUGCUGGCUAGAGGUCUUUGUGCCAAUUGCUGUUCCUGUGAAAAGCGGACUUGGCCAAACAUGUGUGAAUGUUGUAUGGCUUGUGCAGAGACAUGUAACUGUGUACUCCCCUCCCCAACCCGCUGUCUGGAUCACUGCUGUUCCUGCACUAAUGGCUGGGAGACAGGGACGUGCUCCAUUCCCCGUCUGUGUCCUCUCUGUGAUUGUGCCUGCACCUACCAGCCCCCAGACUGUCAGAACAUCAACUGCAUUUGUUUUGAGAUCAAAUUGCGUUAAGGUAGCCCAUGUCUUUAAUGAACAAAAAUUUGACUGUGCCUCAGAGGCAGUAUUUGUCCUGGGGAGGAUCUCUUCAUGCAAAUGGUGACAUUUAAAAUGGGCAUUUGCUCAAGUUGGCAAAGUUAACUAUCCCAAAGCAAAAGGGAGAUUUCUUUCUUCUGUUGAUUUUUUACAGCUUUUAUUUUUGUAAUGUAUUUGAUAUUUUUAUAAUAAUUGUUGCAUUUUAUAAUAAAGCAAAUUGUUUA